AGUCGCACCGCCCCAUCGCCUGGGAGCAGCGAGCUUCCGUACCGCUCCUUCUACCGCUGUCAAAUAAGGGACACAGCCGCCAGCUAGCGCUAUGUUAUCACGAUCCAGAUGUGUUUACCGGACGUUUGGCCGAUCUCUGUCAGCGGUGCACCAGGCCAAUAAUGUGCUCGUCCGACAAAGUGCAUCAGGUCUGUCCGUCUGCAGCCAGCUAGUUUACAGGAAUUCUCAGCCAUGUGAAUUUCCAUCAUCAGCUAAUGUCUUCCACAUCAGAUACUUCAAGACAUCUGCUGUUCACAGGGAUGAGGUAGUCACAGUCAAAACUCCUGCAUUUGCAGAAUCUGUUACAGAGGGGGAUGUGAGGUGGGAGAAAGCUGUGGGCGACUCGGUGAAAGAAGACGAGGUGGUGUGUGAAAUUGAGACUGACAAGACCUCAGUACAAGUCCCCGCUCCAGCAGCUGGUGUCAUUGAGGAACUGCUGGUUCCUGAUGGAGGGAAGGUUGAAGGAGGAACGCCCCUCUUCAAACUCCGGAAAGGAGCCGCUGCUGCCGCCGAAGCAGCUCCUCCCCCAGCUGCAGAGGCACCAGCUGCAGCCCCUCCACCGCCACCACCUCCAGCUUCAGCCCCCACUGCCAUGCCUCCAGUGCCACCACCAGCUGCCCAACCAAAACCCGUUUCUGCUGUGAAGCCCACUGCUCCAGCACCAGCUCCUUUACCAGUAGGAGCCAGAGGAGAAAACAGGGUGAAGAUGAACCGUAUGCGGUUGAGGAUCGCCCAGAGGCUAAAGGAGGCUCAGAACACCUGCGCCAUGUUGACCACCUUCAACGAGGUGGACAUGAGCAACAUUCAGGAGAUGAGGACAGUCUAUAAGGAUGCUUUCUUGAAGAAACACAGCAUCAAACUGGGUUUUAUGUCUGCGUUUGUGAAGGCUGCAGCAUACGCUCUGACUGACCAACCUGCUGUCAAUGCCGUUAUUGAUGAUACAACCAAAGAGAUUGUCUACAGGGAGUACGUAGACAUCAGUGUUGCUGUGGCAACUCCAAAGGGGCUUGUUGUACCAGUGAUCCGUAAUGUUGAGACCAUGAACUUCACGGACAUCGAGAAAGCCAUUAAUGCAUUGGGAGAAAAGGCUCGUAAGAAUGAGCUUGCUGUUGAAGAUAUGGAUGGAGGCACCUUCACCAUCAGCAACGGAGGCGUGUUUGGAUCAAUGUUUGGAACGCCCAUCAUCAACCCCCCUCAAUCUGCCAUCCUGGGCAUGCAUGGCAUCUUUGAGCGACCUGUGGCCAUCAAUGGCAAGGUCGAGAUCCGGCCCAUGAUGUACGUGGCGCUGACGUAUGACCACCGACUCGUUGACGGCAGAGAAGCGGUGACUUUCUUACGUAAGAUCAAAGCGGUGGUGGAAGAUCCAAGAGUGUUGCUUCUGGACAUGUGAUGUUUCUCCCACCACAUUACUCUCAUUUAAAGAUAGCUCAGCUGCAUAAACUGAGUUCCACAUCAAAAAAGAAACGCACAAUCGUACAAAAUCACCUAAACAACUUCUGUUGUCUCUUUUACUGUUCAGUCCGACUGCAGCAGGACAUAUAAGUCUAGUUCCAACACUCCAUAUGGAGCUUUUAAUACGUGGUAUUAUCAACCAAGCUAAAAGAUUGCCAUCUUCUAUGAGUAAUUGUUUUUGCUACAUUUGAAUAAAAGAGUCACAUUUACAUUACAUGUCUUAAACAUUGGCAUAUACAGGCUUAAAAUGUUAAAUAUAACUCACUUAUGGGCGUGUUGCUGUUAUACACGUGCUCCUCAGCUGGACAUAUGAAGCAGCAGACAAAUACUUGCUACAUCCUUGUCAUAGUUGUGUAAUCAUGAAACAAAAUGGCUUCUCCAGGCAACAGUUGGCUGCAUGACUUUCUCCCUUGCUUGUUAGUUGGUGCUCCUGGGCCACUUUUUCCACAGCGGGGCCAAGCAGAGCUGACUCAGAUUAGUUCAAGAUGUUUUUAAUGUUAACACAGGCUUGAAAGAAUUCCUCGGUUUGCUGCUAGUCAUUGUUGCCAUCAACAGUCUGGGAAAAGUAAUCAGCGACCUGUCUGACGAGCAUGUGUUCGGAUCAGUUAUGUCCCUGCUUGACACCGUCAUCCGUGUCCUGUCUUUUUAUUUUAAUUUGUGUUAAACCUUGCCUUGCACUUGUCGGGCAGAUUCUUUGGCCAUCAAAAUCUAAAAAUGUUGAUCAAACUGUUGUGAGCUUUUAGUAAAACUGACACAUGAAUUCACUGUUCAUUAGGAGAAACUGUACAAAACAAACCAGACACUGUUUGUUUUUUUUAUAUAUAUAUAUAUAUACACACAGACAUGCAUACAGUGUAUAUAUAUAUAUAUAUAUAUAUUGUUUAUGGGCAAUAUGUUGGGAGUAAUGUUCAAAACGCACAAUUUGGCAGCAGGUUUUUAUGUUGAGCUCCAGUGUUGGAUUUUCAUUGUACUAUCCUAUAUAUAAAAUACUUGUAUCUAUUUAAAGAAGCAAUUUUAAACAUUAAACAUCUCAAGAGUUUUAUGUACUAAA